AUGGAGAGAAACAACAAGUACACAGACAGUAACUUGAAAAAUCAGAGCAUUUUCUGCGGAGCGAUGAAAGACAGCAGCAACAGCAGCAGCAACAACAACAACAACAACAAGGUGUUGAUAAGAGAAUCAUGGAGAGACAUUAGUAGCAUGGGUGAAAGAAGUGUUACACGAGACGAUCUCUUUUCAUGGCCUCCAAGAUCCUACACUUGCAGCUUCUGCAAAAGAGAAUUCAGAUCUGCUCAAGCCCUCGGAGGCCACAUGAAUGUCCAUAGACGAGAUAGAGCAAGGCUGCUCCGACACUCCCCUCCAAGAACUGGUCAGUUCUCUAUCUUGAACCCUAAUCUUGACCCCAACCAAAACCUUAACCCUAACCCUAAUCCUAAACCUCAACCAAAUUUCUCAUCAUCCUCCACUUCAUCCAUACUCUUUCGCCAGCCAUUUACUUCGAAUCUUGCUCCCUCUGUCACAAACAUUUCUAGCCCUUCGUCGACAUCACAAACGAAGAGAUGGGCUCGGAGUACUACUAAAGAUCCUUCGGUGAUAGAUCACUUGAGCAGAAAUAGUGGUGAAAAUAUAUCAAAUAAGAGACACACCAAAGGCUAUUUCGGGGUUGGAAAAUUGGAUGGCUUUUGUAUAGCUGGAAAAGAGAGUGAUAAUGUCAAGAAACCAGAAGUUGUGAGGUUGAACUUGGAGAUUGGGAUAAUUAGUGAUUCCAGUAGUGAUUUAGAUUUGGAACUUCGCCUUGGACACUCUUAG